GGUCCGAGAAUUAUAAGACAACGUCAAGCAGCCUCACUUUUCUUGAAGCAAAUUAUUGAAGACCAAUCCUAUGCUGGGAUUGUCACCUUUCACUCAACUGCCUCAGUCCUAAAACCAUUGACCUUAAUUGAUAAUUUGGAGACCAGAGAAAUGCUGUCUGAUUCACUGCCCACCAACCCCAAUGGUGGCACACAAAUAUGUCGCGGUCUUGAUACAGGAUUAGAGGUUCUCAAAACACUUGACGGGUUUUCAAAUGGAAAAUAAAUUAUUUUCUUGACUGAUGGAGAGUCUAAUGGACCAAUAGAUUGCAUACCCAAAGCCAUCGCAAGUGGUGCUACAGUACACACAAUUAGUUUAGGACCCAAUGGAGAUCCACUUAUGGAAGACAUGUCUAAAGAAACAGGUGGUAAGUUCUUCUAUGCAGGAGAUACUUUGAAUUCCAACGAGCUUGUGGAUGUCUUUGCCUCACUAACCACUUCUGAUGGAGAUCCGACACAACAGACAAUCCAGCUUGAAAGCCUUGGAUUUCCUGUGAGUGGGUCUGGCUUAUUCAGUGGGACUGUGUCCAUUGACAAGACAAUUGGAAACAACACAGCUUUUCUGAUCCUCUAUGAACAAAAGCCACCACCAACCAUCCUUGUAGAAAGCCCCUCUGGACAGCAAUUUGUUACGUUUAAACCUGAUCCUCUAGGGAAUUCUCUCACCCUGAAUAUUCCAGGAACAGCAGAGGCAGGAAAAUGGACGUACAACAUUACCAACAAGGGAAAUGCACAAACUAUGUCAAUAACAGCGACCAGUCGUGCGGUCAGUGCGGACGUGCCGCCUGUUACAGUGAAGACUCAUAUGAACCAACAGUCCAGUAACGGUGCCAAAGCCAUGGUGGUUUUUGCAGAGGUCAGUCAAAAUGGACUUCCUGUCAUACUGGCAGACGUGAGAGCUACUCUGGAGUCUGAUGCUGGAGACAAACAAGAUAUCAAGUUGGAAGAUAAUGGAGCGGGUGCCGAUGCUUUCAGAAACGAUGGCAUCUAUUCCAAAUAUUUUACAAAAAUGAAAGGUGGGAAAUACAACUUGAAAGUGAGAGUACAGAACGAAAAUGGAAAAGCUAAAUUCUCCCUCAGGAGACACAGUGGUGCCAUGUACAUACCUGGAUAUGUGGUUGAUGGAAAGCUGGAGCUCAAUCCACCAAAGCCCUCUGUUGGUGAGGAGGACCUAGUGGCAGAUGUUGGCAUCUUCAGCAGGACAGCCAUAGGUGAGAGCUUCACUGUGAAUCUGUCCCCUGGUGUUCCUACUGCGACGAAAUUCCCCCCCAACACCAUCACAGACCUGAACGCAGAGUUGGUGAAGGACAGAGUGCUGCUCACCUGGACUGCACCUGGGGAGGACUUAGACCAGGGCACAGCGAGUGAAUACGAGAUCCGCUACAGUGAGGAUCCUGAUGUGGUCAGAUCCAACUUCAGCAACGCUCAUCUGAUCAACUCAUCUAACCUGCUACCAAGUGAAUCUGGAUCCUCUGAACAGCUCUCCUUCACUCCCAACCAUGGAACAAUGGGAAACGGCACCACUCUGUUCUUUGCAGUUAAAGCAGUUGACAAAGAUAUGCUUUCCUCUGAAACCUCCAACCUUGCUCAAGUUUCUAGUAGGCUGAUAUUCCCCCCCAACAAAAUCACAGACCUGAACGCAGAGUUGGUGAAGGACAGAGUGCUGCUCAACUGGACUGCACCUGGGGAUGACUUUGACAAGGGCACAGCGAGUGAAUACGAGAUCCGCUACAGUGAGGAUCCUGAUGUGCUCAGAUCCAACUUCAGCAACGCUCAUCUGAUCAACUCAUCUAACCUGCUACCAAGUGAAUCUGGAUCCUCUGAACAGCUCUCCUUCACUCCCACCCAUGGAACAAUGAGAAACGGCACCACUCUGUUCUUUGCAGUUAAAGCAGUUGACAAUGAUAUGCUUUCCUCUGAAACUUCCAACCUUGCUCAAGUAACUAAGGUAAUUGGGUACAUUGAAAGUCCUGGUAAUGGUGUAAACAUCAACGCAAUUGUCAUAUCCAUCGCCGUGGUAGCCAUAGCGGUCGGUUUGAUCGCAAGUGUGACAAUGACUGCACUCAAACGAAAACAGAGGUCUGAAAAUUAAUGACUAACAUUGUACACUCGACAAUGAUUGAAAGUAUUGAGCACUGCAUAGAAAAAAAAGAAAGAUCAAACAUCACAUAUUAUAAAAUAGGAAGAUUCUGUUUUGCAAGCAGAUAAGCUCUGGUAUAUUGAAAUUGAAAAUGGGAAACCUUUAAUGAUUUCAAGUUUGUUUAUUAUUUUGUAACAAUAUGUUUAUUGUCUGAUGAAACCAUCCAUUUUCAUUCACUAAUGUUGAUUAAUUUCUGAACAUUAAUACACACUUCCACCUUUAGUUGGACCUUUCUUCUGACCUUUCUCCUCGCGUUUGUGCAUGCACUGUAAGAUGAAUUAUUUUUAAGAGUAGAGCCAAUCAAAUAACGUGAGGGAAUAGAUUAUGCGAGUUGAAAUGACAC